UCCGAGGCCUUGGCCCUCCUGGAGGACCUGAAGGCGUGCGGGAUGGCCGAGGCUCCUGGGAGGCCGGCACCUCGAGGGUCACACUUGGUCCUGGCCGCCACGAUCCGGGCCCUCACGGACCUGGGCCGCCCAGCCGAAGCCUUGGAGCGCUUCGACAGGCUCGGGGGCUGGCGUCAGGGGUCAUUCCGGACGGCGGGUGCUACGGGGCGGCGCUGGAGGCCGCGGCCGACCUGGGCGACUGGAGACGGGCGCUGCAUUUAAUCGAGGAGAUGGGUCGGGAAGUGGAAUACAAGAACGUUCGAGGCACGUUCGUCCGGCGGCAGCUCCGGGUCGGGCGUCAGCAUUAUGUGGCGGCGAUGAGGGCCUGUGCCAAAGCAGGGGAGAGCGAGCAGGCGCUGGCGCUCCUACGAGACAUGCGGACGCGCGGUGGGGUCCGACCAGAUGAGAAGUGCCAUCGGUGGGCCCUCUUUGCCUGUUGUCAAGACGCACAGUGGCGCCGCGCCUACGCGAUGCUCCUGGAGGGCCCCGCCCCGCCAUCCUGCGACGCCCCGUGGACCCUGCCCUGUUACACGACCACCAUGCGGGCACUAGUCAGGGCAGGUCAGACAGAGGAGGUGCUGGCCCUCUGGGAUCUCCUUCUCGUCCGAGGAUUGGCUCCUGACGCGGGCACGGGGGACAUCGCCCUGAGCGUGGCUGGGAAGCAGAAAAAGUGGGAGCUCGUCAAGGCCAUAUUCGACGAGCUCCAGGGCCGCGGAGUGGAGCCUUACGAGGCCGGGAUAGGCGUCGUCAUCGAAGGUCUGUGUCAGCAGGGGCAGCUAAAGGAAGCUCUCGCUUUUUUGCGGCAGGUGUCGGCGCCCAACGUGAUCAUGUUCACCAGCGUCUUGUCCGGCAUGGGCCGAGCGGGGGAGCUUGCGGGCGCGCUGGCCUUGUUGGAGGAGAUGGAGACAAAGGCAGGCGUGACGCCGGACCACGUGGCGUUGACCUGUCUCGUGGACGCGUGCCUGAAAGCGGGUGACGUGGAGAACGCCGGCCGGCUCGCCUCCCGCCUGGAGGCCAACGCCUUGGCGCAGGUCGAUUGCCCGGGCCAGGCCGAGGGGAUGCAGGAGGACGAGCGAAGUUUUGGGGUGCGUGUGCGGACAAUGCUGGAGCAAGGGUACUGGGAGGACGCUUGGCGCACCAUCAAGGAUGCGGAGACAGUGGAGGGCCACGUCCCGGUCCCCGCCAUGUCCUACAGCGUGCUCUUGAACGCCGCUGCGAAGGAAGGGCGCUGGCGAGACGCAUUGGAAAUGCUCCUGCACAUGCGUGAGAAGCGAGGACUGGAGCCGAGUACGGUUGACCUGUCAUCGGCUAUCAACGCGUGUCGGGUAGGGGGGGAAACGCGGACGGCCUUAAAGCUCCUCGAACUCCUCGACCUCCGACGCCGGGCACGGGGCCGCCUCGGGAAGCGCGCGGCGGAGCCAUGCCACAGAAAUGGCGGGAAAGUCUUGCCGCGAAGAGAGGUGGCGGAGAACGAGGAAGAUCUCAGUCCCUACCAAGUUACUUACGGAUUGGUCUUGGACCUUCUCGCGAGGCAAGCCUCCUCUGCCUCCCAGACCCCUCCUUGAGGGGCGAGACGUUUGACGGGAAAACCUCCAUUUCAAGUGUACAAAGAGCACAAACGGAAGAUUGAAAAAUCGAUAAGACAAGAUACAAGUACGAAAGCACA